AUGAAGUGGAAUCAAACACCACUGACAGUAAUUGAAGGCCUUGCAUUUACAGAUAAACAGGGAGUGGACAGAGGAAAAUCGGGGUUUGGUCGGAAUCUGGAGAAAACUGUGGAUCGGCGAUUUGGAAGGAAGGUAAGAAACGAGGAAAUGGAAAACAACGCCGAUAAAUUAGUGGAAAUCGUCUCUCCUGCUCUCACGUGA